AUGGCCAACGAAUCUUACCUGCAAAUGUCGAGAUGGGAAAAUAAUAAUAACAGUCUUCGAGAAGGCUACAGUAAUAAUAACGUUUUAGGAGAAAACCAUAUUAACAGUUUUGGGAAAGUCUGCAGUAAUAAAGACAGUUGGCGAGAAAGCAGUUGUAAUAAAGACAGUUUGGAAGAAAGCUGUUGCAGUGGGAACAGUUUGGGAGAAAGUUGUGGUAAUAACUGUCAGAGAUUCAUUGAGGUCAACAGCAACGACAAAUAUACAGCCGCUAUUGAACUGUCCAAUAAAUGUCGAGAGUUUUACCAAUCUCGUUUGCAGACAGCCAACAGUAUGAAGUCCAGAUGGUAUAACAGUUCUGCCAGACAACAUGAUCAAGUUACAUGUAGUAACUCUUCAUUAUCAAAUUCUUCGUCGUCGUCGUUAUCAUCUGAUGUUGAUGACACAACGAGGGGUAAUCGAAGGCAAAGACACAGGAUUGACGAGGCCAUGGAGAAACUGAGAAAAGAAAUGGUAUCUUUGAUGGAUCAAGACUUGUCGUUGAUGAAGCAGCUGCUGACUCUAAAUGAGACUAUAGAAGAUCUCAAAUGGCAGCAACAGUAUUACAGCUACAGCACUAGCUGGGCCUCGUCGUCUGCCAGCAAGUACCUGGACAGCAACUUGUCUGUUUCAGACACGCAGAUGUAUGAUUCGGGGGAUGAUGUCGUGUCUGCUCAAAACACAUUCUGCCUCACGACACACAGCGAACAACCAAUGAACUCCCGCUGGUAUCACAAGAACAAUUUGAGAAAGGGGCCUGCCGAUUUGGACACAGUUUCCGUUGAUCCCAAGAAAAUCUCAAGUCUGACAGACACGGCCAUCACGAGUGUGUGUUCGGGAAAAAGCUUUGAAACUAUUUACAAGUUAGUUUCACGACCUGAAUCACAAGCCAGCAGCGAAAUAGCCAGUCUCCACCCUGAGAGUGAGAAUUCCUUCGAUUCCGGCAUCCACGAGUCUACUUCAGGCGAUGAACUUACAUGGAGCGUCUAG